AUGGCCGAAGACAUGCAGAUAAACCCCCAACGCGCGAAGCAACUCGCCGAGAAUAUCGCCAGCAUAACCUCGCGCAUCAAUGCCGUGAGCAAUGGCAGCAAACAGCUGUAUCCAAACUCAAACCCGCAAACGACAUUCUUGCCCUCCACCAACCCCCUUCCUCUUCGUCUACUCCCAAACAAACCCACUUCGGCGAAAACUACGUCCAAGAACUCCUCGAAAAGCAAGAUCCUCCCCCGCUCCAUCCAGUGGCACAUGAUCGGCGGUCUACAGUCGAACAAAUGCAAGCAACUCGCCGAGCAAAUACCAAACCUGUGGUGCGUGUCAAGUGUUGACAGCGAGAAAAAGGCCAAUGAACUAGAAAAGGGUCGAAAAGCUCUCUCAGAGAAGGAUGGCGAGAAGGUCGAGGAGAAACUACGCGUUAAAGUCCAAGUCAACACCUCGGGCGAAGAAUCCAAAUCCGGCGUCGAGCCUUCCGAUACACUAUCUCUCUGCCGUCACAUUAUAGAUAAAUGUCCGCAUCUCCAGCUCUCGGGCCUAAUGACCAUCGGUGCGAUUGCGAGGAGUAAGGAGACGACGGCGGAGAAUGAGAAUGAGGAUUUUGUUAAGCUGAAGGAGACGAGGGAUAGCGUUGUCAAGGAAUUGGGGUGGGAAGAGGGGCAGCUGGAGCUGAGUAUGGGAAUGAGUGCGGAUUUUGAGGGGGCGGUGAAGAUGGGCAGUGAUGAGGUUAGGGUGGGGAGUCAGAUUUUUGGGGAGAGGCCCGCGAAGAAGGAUGCUGUUGUUAAGGAAAAGGAGACGCAGGAGAAGAGCUAG